CAUCCUUUUUUGCAUACGAUUUAAUCCCUGUUUUCUCCUCCUUCCUCAUUGUCUCCUUCACUAUCCCUGUUUCUCCGUCUGUGUGCAGGUUUACUCUCCCACUCAUUCCAGCAGAAAUGCCAAAAUUUUUGUCUCCUAAUAAUCCCCGAAACCUCAAUCCAGUAGUUUAACCCAAUUCUUCGCUAAAAGAAACAUGUAUUACUUACAAUUUGGCACUCCUAAACCCUUCAUUAAUUAUCCCACCAAUUUUUCAGACCAAAAAUCUCAUAAAAGAUUGAGCUUUUCCCCCAUACUUCCAAAAAGAUUGUAUUUUCUCAAUAGUCCACGUGCUUUUUUGCAAAAACCUGGUUCAAAUUCCAAGACUUUGUUGAAUUCUGAUGUUGAGAAAGAGGAUUUUGUGACUAGGGUUUUAAGGGAAAACCCGAGUCAAGUGGAACCUAAAUAUUUGGUUGGGGAUAGAUUGUACACAUUGAAAGAGAAGGUGAGUUUGAGUGAAAAGCGUUUUGAUAACCCGGUUUUUGAAAUAAUAAGGAGGUUGAAUUUGAAGGCAUUAGUGAGUAGAAAGGAGAGUGAUAUUGACAGCAAUUUAGUGAAGUCGGAAGGAGUUUAUUUGAACGAUAUCCUGAGGGAGUAUAAAGGAAAACUUUAUGUACCCGAGCAAGUUUUUGGGAUAAAUUUAUCCGAGGAAGAGGAGUUCAACAAGAAUUUGAAGGAGUUGCCAAAAUUGAGCUACGUGGAUUUUCAAAAGUACUUGAAGAGUGAUAAAAUAAAGUUGGUGACUUUUAAGGAGAAUAGUGGUAAUUAUGCAUACAGGGAUUUUGUGGUCGAUUUGAAAGAAAUACCUGGAGAAAAGAGCUUGCAUAGAACUAAAUGGGCAAUGAAGCUGGAUCGAGACCAAGCCCAAGUUCUUUUGGAGGAGUACCAGGGGCCAAGAUACGAAAUCGAGAAGCAAAUGAUGUCCUAUGUAGGAAAAUUGCCAGAAUAUCCUCACCCAGUGGCAUCUAAAAUAUCGAGUAGAAUGAUGGUUGAACUUGGAGUGCUGACUGCUGCAAUGGCUGCAGCUGCAGUUGUUGUUGGAGGAUUUUUGGCUUCUGCAAUAUUUGCAGCUACCAGCUUUGUUUUUGCAGCGGCUGUAUACAUCAUAUGGCCUAUUACCAAACCAUUUCUGCAACUAAUUUUUAGUCUUGUUUUUGGAGUUCUUGAAAGAGCGUGGGAUAAUCUUGCCGAUAUUUUUGGUGAUGGAGGAAUCUUUUCCAAGAUGUACGAACUAUACACUUUUGGUGGGGUGUCUGCUAGUCUUGAAAUGCUGAAACCAAUUAUGCUGGUAUUUUUUACCAUGGUUCUUCUUGUCCGUUUUACCCUUUCUAGAAGACCAAAGAAUUUCCGUAAAUGGGAUAUAUGGCAAGGCAUUGAAUUUUCUCAAUCAAAACCACAAGCGCGUGUGGAUGGUUCCACUGGAGUCACAUUUAAUGAUGUGGCAGGCAUUGAGGAAGCAGUUGAAGAGCUCCAAGAGUUGGUGCGAUACCUGAAAAAUCCUGAACUAUUUGAUAAAAUGGGGAUAAAGCCUCCACAUGGAGUUCUUCUCGAGGGCCCUCCAGGAUGUGGCAAGACUCUAGUUGCCAAGGCCAUAGCAGGUGAGGCUGGUGUUCCAUUCUACCAAAUGGCUGGAUCUGAAUUCGUGGAAGUUUUAGUUGGUGUUGGUUCUGCUCGUAUACGAGAUUUAUUUAAGAGAGCAAAGGUAAAUAAACCAUCGGUCAUUUUUAUUGAUGAAAUUGAUGCCCUGGCUACAAGGCGGCAAGGAAUAUUCCGUGAGACAACAGACCAUCUAUACAAUGCAGCAACUCAAGAAAGAGAAACCACAUUGAACCAACUCUUGAUCGAACUAGAUGGAUUUGAUACAGGAAAAGGUGUCAUAUUUUUGGGUGCCACUAAUCGAAUGGAUUUGUUGGACCCUGCACUUCUUCGUCCUGGUCGGUUCGAUCGCAAGAUAAGAAUCCGGCCUCCAAAUGCAAAGGGAAGAUUGGAAAUAUUAAAAGUUCAUGGCCGUAAGGUGAAAUUAUCAGAUACUGUUGAAUUGACCAGUUAUGCAAACAACUUGCCUGGGUGGUCGGGGGCGAAGCUGGCACAGCUGCUCCAAGAGGCCGCUCUUGUGGCUGUCAGGAAAAGGCAUAAUGCAAUUCUUCAGGAAGACAUGGAUGAUGCAGUUGACCGUCUUACUGUGGGACCCAAGCGUGAUGGAAUAAAAUUGGGCCAUCAAGGCCAAUGUCGCCGAGCUACUACGGAAGUGGGGACCGCAUUGACUGCUCAUCUGCUAAGGCGCUUUGAGAAUGCAAAUAUUGAGAGAUGUGAUCGCAUAUCAAUCAAACCUCGUGGACAGACACUGUCUCAAGUUGUAUUUCAUCGUCUUGAUGAUGACGCGUACAUGUUUGAGCGUCGACCUCAGUUGUUACACCGCCUUCAGGUAUUACUUGGAGGCAGAGCUGCUGAAGAGGUCAUUUUCGGGAGGGAUACUUCGAAGGCAUCAGUUCAUUAUCUUGCUGAUGCAUCUUGGCUUGCUCGUAAGAUUAUUACGAUAUGGAAUCUGGAGAACCCAAUGGUGGUGCAUGGAGAACCUGCUCCUUGGAGAAAGAGAGCAAAAUUUGUGGGCCCACGGCUUGAUUUUGAAGGAUCACUUUACGAUGACUACGACUUAAUUGAGCCUCCAGUCAACUUCAGAUUAGAUGAUGACAUUGCAAAGAGGACAGAAGAAUUAAUGCAUAAUAUGUAUGGAAAGACCGUUGAUUUGCUGAGACUGCAUAGUGCUGCUUUGCUGAAGACUGUUAAGGUUCUUCUUAACCAGAAAGAGAUUCGCGGGAAUGAUAUAGAGUUUAUCAUUGACAAUUAUCCUCCGCAAACUCCCACAAGUUUUAUAUUGGAAGAAAGAGAUCCAGGGGGCCUUCCAUUUUUCGAACAAAAGCAAGCAGAACUAGAUAAAGUAGAAUACAGACUUCUGUCUUCAUGAAAAGUAGGACUUUUAUCUGAUAGUAUGCUGUUUUCUGUGAAUCCAUUCUGUCCAUUCAAUUUGAUAAUUACAUGGUUCAGACGAGCUCUUGGGCUGCAGAGUACUAGGUUUAUCCAAUCAUGAUCCAUAUGGAGAAGACGAAAUAAAAUCCAGGUCUUUUUUAUUUAGGAUGUACCAUUUAUUUGUAAUGUUACUGAUAAUCUAUUGUUGGAUUUCAUAAUAUCAUUAUUGUUGGUUUAACAUAACCCGUACUAUUUAUGA